AUGUCGCAGGAUACGCGCGAAACUACGCAGGCAGUGGAAUCUCCAGUGAAAGCAAGCACCGAACCACCACUACCGCGCCCUGAAGACACCGCGAAAACGGAGUCCCCGCCAGUGAUACCGUGGGAGCGUACGGAACACGGCGUUCACAUGAAAACUUUUACUGGGUACCCGAUAUCGUUCGAUGGGUGGGUGCGCAGCGAUCAAAGACGUGUUGAGGAGAGUCCGGCGGAGAUUCACGCUGAAACCCACCGGGAAACUCACCCGGAAACUCACCCGGAAACUCACUCAGAGGCCCACCCCGGGGAGCCUGAAGAGCACGCCAACGGGGACGACGCGGACAAAGAUCUCAGGGACACAGCAACGUCGGAACCGCCAUCAGAGGUUUGA